AUGCGCAACACCGUGUUCAUCGUCUCUGUCUUGGCCUCUGUCGCCUCCGCUUCCAUUAUCGAGCGCCAGGACCCCGUCACUGUCACCAACACCGUCACCGUCACCAGCUGCCCCGCCGCCGUCAGCGACUGUGCCGCCUCCACAAAGUACAUCACCGUGCCCUGUGCUACCAAACAGAGCGCCUCGCAUGCCAGCGGUUCUGACACUCCCGCGCCGGCCCCUCCUGCUGCUGCGGCGGGCUCCGCUCAUUCUACUGCUGCAGCUGAACCCGCCCUGCAUUCUGCCGGCGCUGUUUCCCCUCCCGGUUCGACUCAUCUUGCCGCUGCCGGUUCGGCCCCUCUUGCUGCCGGCGAUGCCCCCGCUCUCGGCGGCUCCGAGAAAGCUGCGACUGCGUCUUCGACUCCACCUGCGACUGCAGGUUCGGCCUCUCCCCCAGCGUCCGGCUUAGCCCCUCCUCCUGCUGGCGGAUCAGCCCAUCCUGCCAGUGCUGCCCCGGCUCCCAGCGGCUCCGAGCAGGCUGCUGCAGCUUCUGCGCCGGCCCCUCCCGCAGCCACCGGCAGCUCCACCGGCGCCGGGCCCGUCAACGGCAAUAGCAGCACCGUUUCCGCAUCUGUGGGCAACGAGAGUGAGGGCUGCACCGCCCACGGCGGAUGCGGCACCGAGCUUCCCAUCGCAACGCUGAGGUCCACGUCCACGUCCAUCGCCACCCUCGCCGUCUCCAAAUCGUCCGCCGCCGUCUUCUCUGCCGGCUCCGCCAGUGCCACGCCCUCCUGCCCUCCUGGUGGCUGCGACCCUCCUCAAGUUAGCCGCGCUUCGACCAGUUCGGUCUCCCUGGCUGCCGGUGUCGCCGUGAUCGUCGCUACUCUAUCUUUCUUUUGA